UAGUAAACACGGAAGUGCCUCAGCCAGAGACACUCUGUCCUCGUUGGGUCUCGUUAACGGUCAUUUGAACGGCUCCUGCUGCUCCGGUCUGAGUCCGGUUCUGCGCCGAGAGGAAACAGGAUGGACGCGUCGGUAACGUUGGCGGUGACACUGAGCCUGGUUGUAGCUGUUGCCGUGUCUCAGGUGAGCUGCAGGAGAGUCACUAACGCACAGAUUUUGGGAUUCGACUGGAAGAACUGCGGGCAGCCCGACGCUCCGGCUGUACUGAAGACUCUGAGCGUGUCUCCAGACCCCAUCACCAUCCCUGGAGACCUGAAGGCCUCCGCCUCUGGAUCCACAUCUGUUGAACUCGCUGCUCCCCUGGCUCUGAAUGUGACCCUGGAGAAGGAGGUGGCGGGUUUCUGGGUGAAGAUUCCCUGUGUGGAGGAGUUGGGCAGUUGUCAUUAUCAGGACGUCUGUGAUCUUCUGAACCAGCUGAUCCCACCUGGUCAGGAUUGUCCUGAACCGCUGCACACCUACGGACUGCCCUGCCGCUGUCCCUUCAAAGACGGCUCGUACUCUCUCCCUCAGUCAGACUUCUACCUGCCCUACAUGGAUCUGCCCUACUGGCUGACUAACGGGAACUAUCGGGUCCAGGGAGUCCUGGGCAGUCAGGGCAAAGAGCUGGGCUGUCUGAAAGUUGCUCUCUCCAUUCACUCCGACUAAACAACAUCGGACGCGGUCGGGAAGUUUGAGAUUUUUUGUUUAUUUGCACGUAAAAAUGGUUGAAAAUUGGGAAACAAAAGCAGAAGUUGCACAAAGUCCUGGGUCUGAUAAACCUCACGGGGUCUAUAAAAGGUUUUAAUGUCAGAUGACAAUGAGAAAAACAGGAUGACAUGUUAUAAAACCAAACAGCACAUUUCAUUUAAACAGAGUCCUUCAGCAACCAAAGCAAACGUGGUUUAAUAAGCUGAUAUUAAUUUGGUGCCCAGCAGAUUAACGUCUGUUAAACUUUGCAUUAAAGUGAAUCUUUUCCCUGUUUGUUAAGAUCCAUCUGAGCCACCAAGCAUUUUUUAAUGUACUGUAACUUCUUCACUUUACUGCUUCAGCCAGUCACGGUGCCAUUUAGUCAGAGAACAUGAAAUAAUUAGACACGUUUCUGAGAAAACACAGUAAUUCAUGAUGGACAGAGAACACGAGAUGAUUAGAGAUGCCUGAAAAUAUGUUAAAUCAGUUUUUUCUUGUCAUAUUUCUGAGAUAAAGAAGACGACAAUAAAUUUUUCUUCCUCAGAGAUUUGACUGUAAUCUCAAAAAAAAUUUUCUGCCUGGUCCUCAGUCUCUUUUCCUGCCAGUUAAACAGUUUGAAAUCACAAUCUGAUCCUUUCACCAGCAGCAUGUUGCUCCUUCAUUACAGAGGACACAGUUUGUCACUGUGUAUAUAAACAGUGAGUGCUGUAUGUGUGUGUCUGCCAUUUUUUAAAGUGUCUUUUGCACAGGGAAACUUUUAUCUCGUGUCGACAGAUUUCAAACACCUGAGAUCUGCUCUCAAUUUCAAAAAUUUUAAACCUUUAUUCGUCCAGCAAAAACUGACAGAAAACUUAUUCUGUUUCACAGUCGCCUGUUAGUGAGAGCAAAAAACAAACCGAUUAUAACCCACAACUUUCCCAACAUGAGCAUGUUUCUGUUGUUCGGUACGGGAGCCUGCUGGACCUAAAUUUUAGUUACAUUUGAUUAUUCUUUUCAAACUUGAGUUAAGACAAGAACCAAGACAAGAACCGAACUCAUACAGAUUUCUAAAUAAAACGUGCACAAAGAGUCAAAGGGAACAUUUGUGUAUGUAACAUAACAACAUGAGAUAUUACAGUGAGACCAGGAGAGGCAGAGCUCAAUGUGUCUUCCCAGCAUGCCUUGCUGCUGUAUUCCUGGUCUGGAAACAUCGUCAAGGCAUCUUCUCAUUUCCAAUCAGCCACAGAAAAAAAAAAAAAGUGCAUCAGCAUUAUGUGUCUCAGUAUUUUAGAUUAU